AUGUGGCCGAAACGCUCCCAACAAGUACACUUUCAGGACUCAUUUCGGAGCAGAUUCUUCAGGAUGGGCGUCCAAGCCCCGCGAAGACUCCUGGAACUGGCAGGUCAGAGCCUGCUGAAGAACGAAGCCUUGGCCAUCGCCGCUCUGGAGGAGCUGCCCAUGGAGCUCUUUCCGCCACUGUUCACGGCCGUCUUUACCGGGAGACACAGCAAGAUCCUGAAGGCGAUGGUGCAGGCCUGGCCCUUCCGCUGCCUGCCGCUGGGAGCCCUGAUGAAGGAGCAGCAGCCUCACCAGGAGACCUUCCAAGCUGCACUAGAUGGACUCGAUGUCCUGCUUGCCCAGGAGGUUCGCCCCAGGAGAUGGAAACUGCAAGUGCUGGACUUACGGGAGAAGGUUCACCAGGACUUCUGGACCGUGUGGUCUGGAACUAGGGCCGGUAUAUGCUCCUUCUUGGAGCCAGAGGCAGUCCAACCCAUGAGGAAGAGGCGAAAAGUGGAUGGUUUAAGGGUGGGGCCGAAGCCGCCCUCAGCUCCUGUGGAGGUGCUCAUAGACCUUUGCCUCAAGGAGGGCACCCCUGACGCGUCCCUCGCCUACGUCAUUAAGAAAGUCAAGCAGGGCAGAGGUUUAGUACAUCUGUGCUGUAAGAGGCUGAAGAUUUUUGCAGUGCCGAUGCAGAAUAUUAAGAAUAUCCUGAAAAUGGUGCAGCUGGACUCUAUACAGGAUUUGGAAGUGAAUUGCACUUGGAACCUGUCCACCCUGGGGCAGUUUGCUCCUUACCUGGGCCAGAUGGGCAGUCUGCGCAGGCUGCUUCUGUCCCACAUCCGCAUGUCUUCCCACACUACCCCGACGAAGGAGGAGCAAGGUGUCAGCCAGUUCACUUCCCAGUUCCUCAGUCUGCACCACCUCCGGGAGCUCUAUUUGGACUCUAUCUCCUUCCUCAAAGACCGCCUGGACCAGUUUCUCAGGUGCCUGAAGACCCCCUUAGAGACCCUGUCAAUAACUAACUGCCUGCUUUCGGAAUUAGACUUGACCCGUCUGUCCCAGUGCCCGAACAUCAGUCAGCUGAAGCACCUGGAUCUCAGCGGGGUCACCCUGAGCUGUAUAAGUCCUGAGUCCCUCCAAGUUCUGAUAGAGAGAACCUCUGCCACCCUCCAGGACCUGGACUUAGAUGAGUGUGGGAUCAUGGACUCCCACUUCACUGCCAUCCUGCCUGCCCUGGGUCGCUGCUCCCAGCUUACCAUCCUCAGCUUCAGUGGAAACCCCAUCUCCAUGGCCGUCCUAGAGAACCUGCUGCGCCACACCAUCGGGCUGAGCAAGCUGAGCCACGUGCUGUAUCCCGCCCCCCUGGAGAGUUAUGAGGUCGACUACGGCACCCUCCACCUGGGCAGACUGGCCUAUCUGCACGCCAGGCUGAAGCAGAUGUUGCAGGAGUUGGGGCGGCCUAACAUGGACUGGUUCAGUGCCAACCCCUGUCCUCACUGUGGCGACAGGACCUUCUAUGACCCGGAGCCCAUCCCGUGCCCCUGUUACCUGCCUGCCUAG